AAGAAAAAGAAAAAGGGUAUUUUGUCAACAGAAGAAGGGGGAGGAGAAGAAAAGCUCCACCCGUCGUGCGCCGUGGGUGCCUGCCUUCUUCAGCCCCCCACCCCUCUCUUGUCUCCAACGGCGACGAGCGAAUCGCGUGAAUGAGAUGAGAUGGGACUGGGAGACGCCGGCGACGGAAGCGGAGGCGGAGGCGUUGCAGGAGCGCAUCUGGGACCUCCAUGACAAGCUCAGCCACGCCAUCCUCGCCCUCUCCGCCUGCGCCGGCCUUCCUGCCUGCCUCUGCCGGGGCGCCCCCAACGGGCACGUAGUCGUCAAGGGGCAGCGGCCGCCGCAGGGUGGAGGGCACGUCGACCUGGCGGCGGCGGCGGCGGCCAUGGCGGACGCGCGGGGCCUGCACGCCAUCCGCGCCGCGCUCGAGGACCUCGAGGGCCACCUCCACUUCCUUCGUGAUGUUCAGUUACAACAGCGUGCCGACCGAGAUGCCGCGAUUGCUAGGGUGCAGCAAAGUCGCAUUCUCCUUGCUGCAAGGUUGGCUGAACAUAGAGGAAAGGGGCAUGGAAUCAUUGAGGAAGCCUUAGGUUUCGUGGGUGAUGUGCGUGACAAGAGCCAUUUUGUCUCGCCGGAAGAUGUGUAUGGAAUGCACAGCCAAUUAGGGGAAGAUGAGGAGGACCGCAGGGGACAUGGUUCAAAUAUGGUGGUGCGUGUGGUAUCCUGCAGUUUUGCUUUAGCCAAGAACAUUUUAAGAUUCGAGAGGAUGGGUAGUGUGCUGGGUAAUGCUACUGUGUUUGCAGUAAGUAUGCUCACAUUCUUGCAGCUUCACCAAUUGGCCUCUGGUAAACAAACACCAGCAGUCCAAUAUAGGAGAACCGACAAUGGUUCUCUUUCUGGAGGGUCAAGAAAAGACAGUAAAGGAAAGCAUCUGGAAGUGUUAUUAGCUAGAGGUUGAUGAAUCAUCAGAUACAGGAAGCUUUGCUCUCUUUUGAGUUUUGGUCGGUUUUGUUAGGUUACUAGGCACUAGCCAUUGCAUUCUUUUGGAUGGGCUGGUUUACAGUCUUACCAUCAUCGUUAGAAGCUGUACCACACAGGAUGUAAAUGGUUUGAGAUUAGCAAUAGAUGCACUGGAAGAAUCUGCAAGUCGGUUCCCUUUUCUUCAACUAACCACAACAACUGUAUGGUACUAGGGCAACAUAUCUCGUUCUGGGGCUGCGGCAUUUGAAUCUGUUUGUUUGGUGACACAAGUCAUGUUGCAACCAUGGUUAUUACUCUCCAACAUCUAUUGGGACGAACAAGCCAAUGUUCCAUCCCCAGCAGCUGGGGAUGCAAAUCAGGCUGGACCUUGUGACGUUAUGCUUCAUCCGUUUGCCUCUUCGACCAGUGCCAUGGCCCAGAGGUUCUUGCUUGCUUGAUAACUUCACUUCGUGAUUUGUAUAUAACUGAGACAAAGUACAAGCACACAAAGUACAAUGAGGUGCAUGUGCCAUAGCCUUCAAAGGGUUGAGUUGUGAAUUGCUCUUUCUUGUGCCUUGUUCUUCACACCAGUCAGGCACCACUUUUCCUUUGCAUAUGUCCCCCUUCUUUCGGAGAUGUGAGCUACGGUGAUGUUCUCUAUUGCUGCUUGCUGGCUUUACUUGUUUGUAGCUUCAGCCACGGUGCAGCGUAGAUUGUUUGCGUGCUCGUGUUAAUUUUUGUCGAAAUGACGUGUCACCAACUUGUGCCUUCUCGUGUAAAGCUUGAAUCAGUUUACAAGAAGAUCUGGAUGCUGCUUUUAUCCUCUUGAGGAAGUAA